GUUUGAUGUCCCUUGUUCCUGCUAUAGUUGAGCGCACAAAAAUGCUCAGUAUCGCAAGCUCUCCUCAGGAAUUUCCUCUCAGUUUUCCCGAAAACUAUGCACGCUGGAUUCCAAUAGUAACUAGUUUAAAACCUCGUGCUGACAAGGAGGAUACUCUAGGGUUCACCCGUCGAGUCGUCAUCAGGGGGCAACGAUGACCUUGUCAUUAAAGUGAAUACACAAGAAAAUGAGGACUAUACCGUGUACACGGGUCUUGAAAAGCGCGUGCCCGAUACCUCAACACCUGGGGCACAUGGCAUGAUUCAACUUGGGCCAUUUCCUGCUAUAUUUAUAUCGUAUCUACAUUGAGCGCGAAAUAUGGCCAAAUCUUUGCGCAUGAAGAGAAAAUGUCAAUCCAAUGCCAACUAGAUAAUAUUUUCCGCAAGUUGAGGACUCUCCGGCAGGUAGACGGCAACGCACUUGGAGGCGUGGGUGGAGACGGACCAAAGGAAUAUUGACCCUCCGAGCAUCCCCAGAAGACUGUCAUCGCCACAGUACAGGAGUUUGACUCCUUAGGGUGUUCCAUUCCUCAUCACGGCAGCCGCGCAUAUAUCAAGCUUCUCCGUUCUUUUUUAGCUGACGAAACCGCCGGCUCUGUGUCCACCCACGGCGAUUUCAAGAGGACCAACAUUGUGGUUGCUCGGAAUUGUCACUAGGGUUAUCUACAAAGACGAAAGCGGUUUCUAACCGGAAUAUUCU